AUGUCUCAGCUCCCGUGGCUCCGUCCGCUGCCGCCUUUGCCUCUCUGCACAUACUGGAUAGCUGCCUCCAGCCCCACCCCGCCUCCUCCUCAGCCUCAGCCUUUGCCUCCGCCUUCGCCUUCGCCCCCAAUUCCACCUCCGCCUCCAACUUUGCCUCUAUCUGUACCUCCACCUUCACUUCUUCCGCCUUCCCCUCCGUCUCCACGUCCGCUUAUACUAUCACCUCCACCUCCACCUCUACCUCCACUUCCACCUCCACCUCCGCCUCGACCUUCAUCUCCAUCUUCACCUCUGUCUCAACCUCUCCCUCCUCCGCUUCCCGUUCCGUCUCCACCCCCACUUAUACUAUCUCCGUUACUGACUCCGUUUCGGGUACGAAAUCCAGGGCAAAGUGGUAUUCCGGGUUCCAGCUGGUCAUCAGGCUGUAAUGCUCACCCGCACUCCAGUGCAUGGAGAGUGCGCUGCCCGCCGCCCGGGCACCACCUGCCAGGUAGCGCGCCCGGUCACCAGCUCUCUGCCGAAUUGCCAAAAAGCAUCGCCGCCGCUGGCCCGACGGACGGCGGGCGAAUGCUUCCCCUCUCCCACCACCACCACCAGCACUCGCUGCCCACGCUGCUCGAAUUCAUCCCAGAAAUCGGUUGGUCGCUGCCCGCCCACUCGCGCCCACCAGCCGGCCCCGGAUGCGCGUGCUCUGCGACAGCCGACACCUCUCAGGUGAGCCACGCCUCUGGAGAAGAACUAACUACCACAUAUCGGUUUCUAUAA